AUGAGCGCACACAUUGGGAUCAGAAACGGGCCUGCUCGUUUCAUUGGCGCAUACUCGGACGGCGUAGUCGUCUCCAACCGCACUACGUGGCUGUAUACAGCUGGUACACCUGGUCUCGAUGAAUCGGGAAAGACGCCCGAGGGAAUCGAAGCCCAGAGCCGGCUGGCGUGGGAGAACAUAUUCGCAAUCCUCAAAAAGGCAGACAUGGACGCAAGCCACCUCGUCAAGGUAACGACGUGGCUCACAAGCGAGGACCUAGUCAAGGAUUAUGUGCGGGUCAGGUCCGAAUUCAUCGGAGAGAACAGGCCAGCAUUCAUGCUAGGUACCGUGAAUUCGCUCAUCCGAGAUGACAUACUUGUCGAGAUCGAAAUUGUUGCGGCCAAGUGA